AUGGAAGGUGAUGGUGGUCUUUCAAGAUAUCAAAAAUUAGAAAAAUUAGGUGAAGGUACCUAUGGUAAAGUUUAUAAAGCUAAAGAGAAAGCUACUGGUAGAAUGGUUGCUUUAAAAAAGAUUAGAUUAGAAGACGAUGGUGUACCAAGUACUGCUCUUCGUGAAAUUUCUUUAUUAAAGGAAGUACCACAUCCAAAUGUUGUUAGUUUAUUUGAUGUACUUCAUUGUCAAAAUAGACUCUAUUUAGUAUUUGAAUAUUUAGAUCAAGAUUUAAAGAAAUAUAUGGACUCUGUACCAACUUUAUCUCCACCAUUAAUAAAGAGUUAUCUUUAUCAAUUAUUAAAAGGUUUAGCCUUCAGUCACAGUCAUCGUAUUCUCCAUAGGGAUUUGAAGCCACAAAAUCUUUUAAUUGAUCGUCAAGGUGCUCUCAAACUUGCUGAUUUCGGUUUGGCCCGUGCUGUUAGUAUUCCAGUCCGUGUUUAUACUCAUGAAAUUGUUACUCUUUGGUAUCGUGCUCCAGAAGUUUUAUUGGGCUCAAAGAGCUACUCAGUUCCAGUCGAUAUGUGGUCUGUCGGCUGUAUUUUUGGUGAAAUGUUAAACAAAAAACCAUUAUUCAGCGGUGAUUGUGAAAUUGAUCAAAUCUUUAGAAUCUUUAGAGUACUUGGUACUCCUGAUGAAACCAUUUGGCCAGGUGUCACCAAACUUCCAGAAUAUGUUUCAACUUUUCCAAAUUGGCCAGGACAACCAUUCCCUAAAAUUUUCCCAAGAUCUGAUCCAUUGGCUAUUGAUUUAAUUUCUCAAAUGCUUCAAUAUGAACCAUCAAAGAGAAUUUCAGCAAAAAUGGCUUUACAACAUCCAUAUUUCAAUGACCUUGAUCUCAGUUUCUUCUAA